AGCUGCUGGUGUCUCUUCAUCAAAGUUGCCCCAUGUUGAUAUACCAGUGUAUAAUGGAAGCCUCCGUUGGGGACCGCUUGGCCUUUGUGCAGGAGAAGAAGCUGUGUGCAGUUUGUAUAAACUCUCACUUGGAUAAACCUUGUAAGUACAAGUUCAAAUGUAAAUUAUGUAAGGGUCAUCAUAAUACCCUUUUGCAUACAGAGGAUUCUGUAGAGGCCAAUCAAUCAGUGGCAGCAUCUAUUGUUUUGACAUGUGUCAAUAAAACAUCUUAUAAAAAGGUAUUACCCACAAUUAAGGUUAAAAUUGUUGAUAAAUUUGGCCGUGAUGUUUACUGCCGCGCAUUGCUUGACACCGGCUCAAGUGAAUCCUUUGCCACAACUUCUCUUGUAGAAAGACUAGGUUUUGCCACUGUGGCAGAAUGUGAAAAUAUAAUUGGUGUUGCAAAACAAACCACCAUCAUGGAUAGGUCAGUAAUUAUUCCUGUGGAGUCUUGUCAAUAUCAAGAUGUUAAGUUUAAUGUUGACUGUCAUGUUGUCAAAGAUGUAACGGCACAUUUGCCACCACAGUAUGUUGAUUGUUCCAAGUUAAAAUUUCCUAGCCAUGUCAAACUUUCUGAUGAAAACUUUAAUGAACCAUCUGAAAUUUCGAUGCUACUAGCAAGUGAUAUUUAUUUUGAGUCAUUAUUAAAUGAUUGUAUCAAAUUGCCUGAAGGGCUUGUCUUGCAAAGCACCUUAUUUGGUUAUGUUGUUGGUGGCAAGAUAAGCCAAUCUGGUAAUGUCUCAAACACUGCUCUGGUGACAAAUUUUGCCAUUAGUGACACUACAAAGUUAGAAAAUGUUAUGAGUCAAUUUUGGCUUGCUGAAAAAGUGCCAGAACCCCAACAAAAGGUUUCGGAUGAAUUUGAAAAGGCGGAAAAAAUAUUUCAGAAGUCUGUCACUCUGAAUGAUAACAAAUUUCAGGUGGACAUUCCACUAAAGCACCCCUUAGGUGAACUAAAUUUGGGUAACUCUUUUUCGGCUGCCUUACAAAGAUUUUACUCUAUAGAGAGAAAAUUUAUGAAAAAUGUAGACUUGCUAGAGCGGUAUAAAAAAUUCAUUGAUGAAUAUGUUGAAAUGGGUCAUGCUAGGGAGGUCGACAUUAACUCUUAUGAUAUUUUGAAUGGACCAGUAAGCUUUUUAGCGCAUCAUCCAGUUUUCAAUGAGGCCAGUAAAAGUACAAAGCUUCGCGUGGUGAUGGACGGAAGCAUGAAAUCCAAAAACAAGCUGUCUGUCAAUGAUGUCAUGCUGAAUGGACCUGUGGUGCAGGGUGAGCUCUUUGACAUAUUAAUUUUGUUUCGGACAUAUUUAUUCACCUUGAUAUGUGAUGUUCAAAAAAUGUUUAGGUGCAUUUUGGUCAGCCCUGAACAUAGAUGUCUUCAAAAUAUCCUUUGGCGGGACAGUCCUGGCCAGCCCAUCCGCUGCCUUCAGCUUCAGACAGUUACAUAUGGCCUAAAGAGCUCUACAUUUCUAGCUACUAGGUGUUUGGUGGAGCUUGUAAAAUUAUUUGGAUGCGAUUACCCGCUUGCGUCCCAAGCCAUUUUAAGUAAUACAUAUGUUGAUGAUGUCAUAACUGGUUCAGAUAAUAUCAACGAACUUCACCAACUUAAAAAUGAGUUGAUUGACUUAUUUAAAUUAGGUAAUUUUAAUUUACAUAAAUGGUGCUCUAGUUACCCAGCUGUUCUAGACGAUUUGCCAGAAAAUUUGAAAUAUUUUGAACAAAUAAAUCUUGAUUCAAGUAAUGUCAUAAAAACAUUAGGUCUGAAAUACGACAUUACCUCAGAUACUUUGACAUUUGAGUGUCCCCCCUAUGAUGAGGACAGCAAUCAUACAAAAAGAACAGUUCUGUCAUUUAUUGGAAAAUGUUAUGAUCCUCUAGGUCUCAUAGCUCCUAUUAUAGUUUCAGCAAAAAUAUUUAUGCAGGUUUUGUGGUCUAUGCCCUUGGGCUGGGACACAGCUUUACCAGAUGCUGAACAUGAGACAUGGAAAAAAUUUCUUGCCAAUUUAAAGAUGAUGGGUAAAGUUUCCUUACCGAGGUUAGUUUAUAGUCACGAAUGUCAGUUGGUAGAGUUAGUGGGUUAUGCAGAUGCAUCUUUCAAAGCCUUUGGCUGCUGCAUUUAUGUAAGAGUUUUUAAAGCUGAUGGAGGUGUAGACUCAAAAUUACUUUGUGCCAAAUCAAAGGUGGCCCCGCUGGCCAAAAGCCUUACUAUUCCACAGCUGGAACUUAACAGCGCUCUACUAUUGGCACAGCUGGCGUCUAGAGUUAGCGAAAAACUAAAAGCUAGAUUUGCGCAUAAUACAUAUUUUUACAGUGACUCACAAAUAGUUUUGUGCUGGCUCAAGUCUACCAAAACAAAAGUCAAUACUUAUGUUAAUAAUAGGGUGAAGAAAAUUCUAGAGCUCACAAACCAGGACCAGUGGUCCUAUGUAAGAUCAUGCGAAAAUCCCGCGGAUUUAAUUUCACGCGGAGUGGAGCCCCAAAUUUUGCAAGGAAAACAAUUGUGGUGGGACGGCCCUAAAUAUUUGUCACACAGGGAUUAUGUGCACCCUGCAUUUGAUACUCUCAGUCAGGCCUUACAUGAUAAGCAUUUUGAUAUUAAUAUUAACGAGGAUUUAUCUUGCAAUUUUAGUCAGCGGGACGAUUCAUUCGCACAUCUCUUUGAAAAAUAUUCUAGUCUACAUACGCUUCAAAAUGUUAUAGCUUAUAUCUAUCGCUUUUAUAAAAAUGCUUCAAAAUCAGGUGAUAGAUCAGACUCUACAUUGCUAACCCCUAAAGAGCUACAAGAAGCGUUGCUUGUCAUAAUAAAAAAUGUGCAAAGGAAAUAUUUUUCUAAGGAAAUAGACACACUGUUGGCGGGUAAGUCACUUAAAUCAGGGAUAGCGGACUUACAUCCUUUCGUGGACCAGUGUGGUGUCCUUCGUGUGGGCGGCAGGCUGCAAAAUGCCGACAUUUCGCAAGCCAGAAAGCAUCCACCUAUUCUCCCGAAAGGGUCAUUUUUCACUUCGUUAUUGAUUAAAACGGAGCACUUGCGUCUUUUGCAUUUAGGUGCCAGAGCUGUUCUGAGUUCCUUAGCUCAAAAAUAUUGGAUAAUUAAUGGUAUUAGGGAAGUAAAGAAGGUAGUGAACAAGUGUGUCACAUGCUUGCGUCUGAAGGCUGAAGCUGCAAAGCAGUUGAUGGGCUCUUUGCCUGUAGAGAGGAUUACAGCUAGUAGGGCUUUCCAGUAUGUUGGGAUUGAUUUCUGUGGUCCAUUUAGCACGAAAAUUGCUAGAAUACGAAAACCUCUUGUUACUAAAAGCUACAUUGCCCUUUUUGUAUGUUUCGCUACAAAGGCGAUACAUGUAGAGUUAGUGUCGAACCUUACAACUGAAACCUUUCUAGCAUGUCUCAAUCGUUUCAUAUCUAGACGUGGCAUGCCCACUGUAAUUUAUUGUGAUAACGCUAAAACUUUUAAAGGUGCUGCAAACCAGCUCAAAGGAUUGUAUGAUUUACAAUGUUCGAAUGAACAUAGAGAAUCUGUGUAUCGAUAUUGUAAUAAAAAAUAUAUCUCAUUUAAGUUUAUACCAAGCCAUGCGCCUCAAUUUGGAGGCCUUUGGGAAGCCGGAGUCAAGAGUGUGAAAUUCCAUUUAAAACGAGUGGUUGGAAAUCAUUGUUUAACAUUUGAGGAACUUUAUUCGGCAGUCGUUCAAUUUGAAGGGAUUUUGAACUCGAGACCCUUGCUAUCCUUGGAUCCUAAUGAGGGUAAAUACUUGUCACCAGGUCAUUUUCUUAUUGGUGCGGCUAUAACAAGUUACCCUGAUGUUGAUUUAACUGAGAUUCCAGUUAAUCGCUUAAGAAAGUUUUGGGACAUUGUAACAAGAUUAAAGCAGGAUUUCUGGAAGACGUGGUCUAAAGACUACCUCUGUCAGUUGCAAAGUCGCCCCAAGUGGAAACAUGACCUACCAAAUUUAAAAAUAGGUGAUUUAGUUCUUGUGAGAAAUGUAAACACUGCUCCAUUGUGUUGGCCAAUGGGCCGCAUAGUUAAGAUAUUUCCUGGAAAAGAUGGUAGAGUUAGAGUGGCCGAGGUGAAAAUGGGGGACAAAUUGUAUGUCAGACCUAUUACGAAGCUGUGUCCUUUACCUCUUGAUUAGUAAUAUUUAGAUAGUGUCUAUCCUAUCUCGUUAAAGUCUUGUUUAUGAUCUGUCAAUUUAAAUUAAAUUCAACUCGCCCGGCCCAAUUAUGUUCGAGACAAGUCUCAACAUAGCUGUAAACUUUAUGUUUAACAUUAGUGCAAUAUUUGUUGCUUGCAACAUUUUGAGGAUAGUUGUGUCUAUGAUGCGCUGUCAAGGGCCUAUUUCGUUCUGUGCUAUAACUGAAUGUACUAGCG